UUCUGGUUGUCACUUGCACACACAUAACAGAACACAACAAUGGCUCUGUCUUCGCCACUUCAGAACCUCUCUGCACUCAUCUCCGCCAAAGGCAAUGCCACCGCCGCUGCCACACCCCGGCCGCCGAGAGGGCGGCCCUGGGCGGUUCACGCGGCGGCGUCCGACACCAACGCCGCCGCGUCGGUGCAAAUGAGUGAGUACGAAGAAGGGAAGCUGGAGCGACCAAAGUGGGUUGGGGAGACCCCUCUUUCACGUCUCGUUCAAGCUCUCAUCUCCUUCAAGCCUCUCUACUCUGUUCUCAAGCUUGGUGCUAGAAGGGCUUUGAUAAGUACAGCUGAGAAGAACAACAUACCUUGGAGGCAAAUGGCGAAAGAGAUUUUAGAGUCAGAAGUUUAUAGGGAGCUGGACAACAUUCAAAACCAGUCUUUAGUGUACCCUGAUUAUUAUUUGAAUCCAUUCCAUGCAUAUGAUGAGGGCAAUCUUACAUGGCUGGCGGCAGCAGAAGCAGAGGCUGCUACAUUGUCAAUAGCUAAACGAGCAAUUCCAGAUGCUUCUUCAACGCAGGAAGCAAAUCAGAUACUGCGUGGCAAUUGGCUUCGUGCAAUUGAACAACACCAUAUGCAGUAUUCAGAAUCAUCUGUGAUCAAUGACAUUCUAGAUAUUGGAUGCUCUGUAGGUAUAAGCACAAGAUAUCUUGCAGACAAGUUCCCCACAGCCAAAGUCACCGGGCUAGAUCUGUCACCCUAUUUUCUUGCUGUGGCUCAGCAUAAGGAAAAGAAUGCACCGCCUAGAAAAUUUCCUGUAAGAUGGAUACAUGCAAAUGGAGAAGACACGGGCCUGCCUUCUAAAUCAUUCAACCUUGUUUCUAUUGCUUUUGUGGUUCAUGAAUGUCCUGCAAGAGCUAUAGUGAAUUUAGUGAGGGAAGCAUUCCGUCUCCUUCGGCCUGGAGGCACACUAGCUUUGGUAGAUUCAACGACAAAGUCAAAGGUCCUUCAGGAAUUGUCUCCUGUCCUGUUUACAUUGCUUAAGAGCACAGAACCCUUUCUGGAUGAGUAUUACUUGACUGAUAUGGAUGAAACACUGAGGGAAGCUGGUUUUGGGAACAUAACAUCAAUCCUUACGGACCCCAGACACGUGACAAUUACUGCAACAGUGCCUUAAUGAAACAUCACAUCUUGAGAUUAUUUUAUUUUUAUUUUACUUGGUACAUGAACAUCUUCUUGGGUUUGGCUUCAAGCUAGUCAGUCCGUGGUUGAUGUAUGUCCAAUAGAAUAGCGUGUCAAAAAUUGAUUAAAUUAUGUAUCCACGUGCCACGAUCUUUUAUUAUUAGUUAUUGGUUUCGUAGAUUAUCCCAAGAUCUGGUGCAACGGUAAUUAGACAUGACACCGGAGAGAUGAGUAUUGUUUGUUUAAUCUUCGAUCUCGACUCUCCAUGAUUUCUAUAUCCGACAGGUUAAAAUUUAUUA